AUGAGCCACCAAAGAUACCCUUCCCACGACCCCCUAAAGGAGCCACACUCCGUCUCCCUCAAAGUCCUCAGGCUCUCCCGUCCCUCGCUCGUAACCCAGCACCCGAUCCGCGCGCCCCUGACUCCCUCCACCGUCCCUGUCGACGCGACCCCAGCCUCCCUCGCAUACGACACGACUGGCGCCACGAAUCCUGCCCCGUUCAUCCUCUCCCCGAUCCUCAACCUCCCGCUGAGCUUCGGCUCCGCUUACGUCGGCGAGGUCUUCAGCUGCACCCUAUGCGCGAAUCAUGAUGUCCCCGACCCCGCACCCCUUGUUGGUCCGGGGGGGCAGCCCCUCCCCGGCGGCGGCGGUGGCGCCCCGAAGCGCAAAAGCAUCCGCGACGUCCGCAUCGAGGCGGAAAUGAAGACCCCCGGCGCAAACUCGGUCCAGAAGCUCGAGCUCUCCCCGCCCGACCAUGCCGCCGCCAACGGCGGCGACGCCAAAGGGACGGACCUCGGCCCGGGCGACACGCUGCAGCGCAUCGUCGACUUCGAUCUCAAGGAGGAGGGGAACCAUGUCCUCGCCGUGACGGUGAGCUACUACGAGGCGACCGAGACCUCGGGCAAGACCCGCACGUUCCGCAAGCUGUACCAGUUCAUCUGCAAGUCCUCGCUCAUCGUCCGCACCAAGAUCGGGCCUCUCGGCGCCUCCGGCGGGCGGCACGGGGGCCGCAGGCGGUGGGCCAUGGAGGCGCAGCUCGAGAACUGCUCCGAGGACGUCAUACAGCUCGAGAAGGUCGUUCUGGACCUCGUCGACGGGCUGAGCUACACGGACUGCAACUGGGAGGCCGGGGGCGGCGCGCGGCCGGUGCUGCACCCAGGGGAGGUCGAGCAGGUGUGCUUCGUCGUGGAGGAGGCCGAGGGGUCCCCUCGGGCCCAGCCAGGCGAGGACGGCCGGAUCAUAUUUGGCGUCCUUGGCAUCGGGUGGAGGGGGGAGAUGGGCAACAGGGGCUUCCUUUCCACGGGCAAGCUUGGCGCGAGACACGUCGCCUGA